UCUUCGGAUUUCCAUCGUCUUUCUGCUUCACUUUACGACUUUAGUUCCGUCAACGAAAAACCUUACCUUUUUUAUCACCAGAAUUUUUCUAUCGCCCAAACUUCACCAUUCCUCUUUUUACCGACAUAAUGGACCCUACCGAGUUGCACGAUACCACCAUGGUCGAUGAGACCUCCCCCAACAACGUCGACAUGAUUGACGAUGUCGAUAUUGAGACAACGCCCAAGACCGAGGAAGAGUACGCUCAGUCUAUGCUGACUCUUCGCGCCAUCGUUUCGUCCAAAGAAGCCGGCAUCAUCAUUGGCAAGUCUGGCAAGAAUGUUGCUGACCUGCGUGACGAAACCGGCGUCAAGGCUGGUGUGAGCAAGGUGGUUCCUGGUGUUCAUGACCGCGUCUUAACCGUCACUGGUCCUCUGAACGGCACUGCCAGAGCCUAUGCCUUGGUUGCCAAGGGUUUGCUCGAGGGCGCCCCGCAGAUGGGCAUGGGUGGCAUUGUGUCCAACAAUGGAACUCACCCCGUUCGGCUUUUGAUCUCUCACAACCAGAUGGGUACUAUCAUCGGACGCCAAGGUCUCAAGAUCAAGCACAUUCAGGAUGCAUCGGGUGUGCGCAUGGUCGCGCAGAAGGAAAUGCUUCCCCAGUCGACCGAGCGCAUUGUCGAAGUGCAGGGCACCCCCGAGGGUAUCGAGAAGGCCGUCUGGGAAAUCGGAAAAUGCCUGAUUGACGACUGGCAGCGCGGUACCGGUACUAUUUUGUACAACCCCGCUGUCCGUGCGUCUGUUGGAACCACCACCAGCACCAGCACCAUGAACCAGAGCGUCGGCAAUGGCUACAACAGCCGUCCUUACAACCGCACCGGUAACGGUGCUGACUUCAGCGACCAGUCCGGUGGCUACGGCAGGCGAUCCAACCCCGACACCAGCAACCGUGGUUAUCCGCUUGUCACCGAAGAUGGCGAGGAAAUCCAAACACAGAACAUCAGCAUCCCCGCCGACAUGGUUGGCUGCAUCAUUGGCAGAGGUGGUAGCAAGAUCACCGAGAUCCGUAGGAGCUCUGGAGCCCGGAUCUCCAUCGCCAAGGCUCCCCAUGACGAAACGGGCGAGCGUAUGUUCACCAUCAUGGGUAGCGCUCAGGCGAAUGAGAAGGCUCUUUACCUUCUGUACGAGAACCUCGAGGCUGAGAAGACCCGCCGCAGCCAGCUUCAGGAGUAAACGACCAGCACAGCUUCACCCUCCUCUUCACCCGCUCGACCCUCAAUGAACAUCCUUUUUCGGAAAACUCUAGUCGCGCGAUCACCACUGCCCCUUCUUGUGCUACUCCUUUUUGAUUCUUGAUGCUGUCGUUUUCUCAUACUAUCAUAUUCUCUGUUACUCUAUAAUUCCUCUCGUAUGUGGAGCUUCUUGCGCUUUACAAGAAGCCGGAGC